AUGUCGAACAGAAACAAUCAACGCACUCGACAUCACACGGAUCCAUCAUCGUCCCGAUACAACAAUGCCAAAUAUCAUCAACGUAAUGGCGGAAAAAACAAUCGUCCUGAAUUUUCGCGUCGACAAAUAGGUUCCGAUGAUGUCGAUAGAUUAAUGAUGUCCGUCGAUGAUGAUUUGACAACGAAUGGAAAGUCUCAGGAAGCGUCAUCACGAGCACGUGCCUGCAAAAACAAUGGCAACCGUCGGUCAACUCGUUCAACUCCACAACUGAGAAAAGCUCAUCAGAAUCAAAUUGGUUGGUGGCGUAUAAUGGUUCAAGAUGCGGGAAAUAUUGGCAAGGAACGUGUGAUGACAGCACUCCGAGCUCAUUGUCCUCGACAGUUUCAAUCCUAUCACUACUAUAUCGACCAAAAAACCAAAGCAGGAAUUUUCUUCGUCAAUAGUCAACAAGAUGCUGAUAUGCUCAAACGUGCCAAUGGCAAAGUUGAAGUACAAAGCUUAGAUAUACUUCGUAUUAUCGUUAGUCGAGUACCUUCACCGAUUCCAUCGCUAGAUGAAGACAUACGGCCACACUUCAAAGAUUAUUUAAUUAAUCGUCGAUUUGAUCAGCAAAUAUUUAAAUUAGAUUUGACUAACUUAGCAGAUGAUGAAGAAUUAAGUUCUUUCGGAAUCUUUCCUCAAUUCAAUAAACAGGCAUUUAUACAUGAAAUAGUCGAUAUUCUCAAUCGAGAUCUUCAUAUGACACGACAACUCGAUUUGGGGUCGAAUAAUAUUGUUAGUCUUCAAGAAUUUCGUAAUCUUAAACUGAAUGAUCUUGGCCUUCUCAGCGUUGCUUCCAAUUUAAUCAAAAAUGUUGAUGAAUUUGAUAAUCUCAAACAUAUCCCACAUCUAGCUCAUCUAUUUAUUAAAAAUAAUCCAAUCACGUUGCCCAAUAACAAACGCAAUACAUCUUCCAUGGACAAUAUUAUCAGAUUUGAUUCCUCAUUUCUCUCAUUCGACUUCGUUGGAGAUGAACAUAGUUCAAAAGUGAGAUCGUCUACUUGCGUUGUGAGGUGUGGGUGUGUUGUACAACAAAAACUAACUUUUUUUAUGAAAAACAAACCGAUGAACAAGAAAGGAAAUGAGAUGUUGGCAAAUCGAAAGUAUCUGAUUUCGACAUUAUCAUACAAUAAGCAUCAAAAGAUACCACAGCUCAAACGAAUUGACAAUGUUGAUCUUCCACCAAUGAUACGUUUUGCCACAGAUAUCGAAUCGAUAUCUUUACCAGCAUCAGUGCCACAUUGUGUUCCAAAUGAUAUGCAGGGAUUCUUAGCAAAAUUUAUUGACGAAUACUAUCGAUUGUUUGACACACGUGGGCGCGAAGAAUUACAUGCUUGCUAUCAUGAUGUGUGCAUGUUUUCUUUAUGCAUCUCAACGGCCGACAGUACGAUUGUUCCAACACGGCACUUUAAAUUUGGCAACUUGGUUGUCGAAUCAAGAAAUUUACAAAAAGUUAUUGAUGACAAACGACGAAUGAUGCUCUUGCGACAAGGAAAACCGACAGUCUUAGAGUUUUUAAGAACGAAAUUUCCAUUGACGAAACAUGAUGGAAAUUCAUUUCAUGUUGACGUCCUUUCGACGGCUAACAAUCGAGCAGUUUUUACAGUGAAUGGCUUGUAUAGAGAAGUUGAACAAAGUACUAAUGGUCCUGUACGAUGUUUUCAACGUACAUUCACUUGUGCGCAAACAGCAGCGGGCGUUCUGAUCGUUGCUGAUCAUAUAAUGAUUUCCAAUGCAACUGAUAGUCAAGUUUCAAAGAUAAAUUCUGCGACUCCAUCAGUAACAGUAUCAACAUCUCAACCACUCAACACCCAUGCCGAUCUAGAGAAUCAAAUGAUUUUAAGAUUUUCACAAGAAUCUGGAAUGAACAUAGCCUAUUCUAAAUUAUGUUUACAAGAAAAUAAUUGGAAUUAUGACAAAGCUGCGGAAGUUUUUCUUGAUGCAAAGCAAAAGAAUAUGAUACCAUCCGAAGCUUUCUAUAAAAUUUAA